CCAAACCGCCGUCCGACGGAGACCAGGCCUCAGGCUGAGCCGAAGGAGUGAGCCUGGAAGCUCACUCAGCUCGAGGCGCAUGCGCAUCAGCACAAUGCGGGUCCUCCUGCUGCUGCUGAGCAUCGGCGUGCUGUGUCUGAUCCAGCUUGUCCGCUGCGACGAUGAGUGCAGCGGCGCAGACGGCAAGUGCGAUGCGGCCGGCGGGUCGGACGCGCUGUGUGAUGCCACGCAGGGAGGGCCCAAGGAGCUGCCGCUGGGCAAGGACACCGUGCACUUUGGCUACUAUGACAAGGUGAGUCACCUGUGCCGCACACAUAUACAUUUCAUGCACGGGUGUCCAUCUUGUCUGUCUGUCUGUCUGACUGUCUGUGUGUGUGUGUGUGUGUGCAGUCGAUGACACCGAGUCUGCGUGUGUUGUCUGGCGACGAAGUGUCCGUCGACCUAGUGGCCCCUCACGCAUGCGACGACUAUGAUAAACUCAUCGGUCGGCAAUCACACACACACAGAUAGACAGAUAGACGUGCAAUCCGUCUUUAUCUGUCUGUGUCUGUGACUGUGACUGUACAUGAAUGACGUCAGGCGAUGAUGCGGCUCUGCAGGGCAUCUUCAACGUCACGAGCGGCGUGCCGCCCUCGAUGCGUGUGGGCCACGACAUCAUGUCCGGCCCCAUCGAGAUAUGCGGCAGCCAACCAGGGGAUAUCAUCAAGGUGGGUGCACACGCAAGCCAGCCGCUCCACACGCCCACGCCCAUUCACACACAUAAGUGGAUGGUGGGUGCUUCAUGCUGUCUGUGUUGUGUGUUGUGUCUGUCAGGUUGAGGUGCUAUCGCUGGCCCCUCGUGUGAAAGGCCGGAAGGGCUAUGGCGUGCAGCGGCUCAGUGCCGACGGCUACCAUCAGUACGUCAGCGAAAUCAGCAGUGACGCGCCUGCCGCUGACAAGAAGGAACACCUCGCCGUCUGGUGAGCGGAGGGAGCCACAGCAGAGCACUCGAUGGUGGAUGUGUGGGCACCAUGUGUGUCUGUGCUGUGCUUGUGGUCAGGGAUUUGCACGAGAGGUGGGGUGAGUGGUCCGCCAACCUGGCGUACUACAUGAACCUGCCGACCUUGGAGGGGCCCGACGGCAAGGAGGCGUCAUACCCCGGCACGUGCAUCCCACACACAUACAAGGGCUUCAAACACACGGUAUACACAUGAAUGAGAUGCACCCACACCAGGUGUGUAUCCAUGCUGACUGAAGUGGUUCUGUGCGUCUUGAUUGAGACACAGCCUGAUUCUCUCGGGUACACUUCUCGAGACCACCUUCACUACACAGUGAGCCUGCGGCCUCUCAAAGUCAAACUCAGCCCACAUAUUGGUCGGUCAGCCAUGCACAGACACACACACACAGGAAGGGAAGCACACACAACACGCACGGACGCACCCACCCCGCCCAUAUCAUAUCGUUCCUCCUUCCUUCCUUGACGACGUACAGGCAACAUGGGGGUGGCGUCAGCCCGCAGGGGCAAGAUCACUGCAGACAUACCCAGACCUGGGUACACUGCACAGAGACACACACGUGCACCCUCAGACACACACCAAUCUUCUCUCUCUUUCUCUCUCUGACAGUGGUGGUCAUUUGGGACAGCGUCGGUUGGGUGUGGGCAUGACGAUGUAUUACCAGGUGGAGGUCAAGGGCGGCUUGCUCUCGCUCGGCGCGCCGCACGCCGUGCAGGGCGACGGACAGCUCGGCGGCACCGGUAGGUAGCUCGGUCAGACAGACAAGCCAGACAGAGAUGUGUUGACCCACACGUACUGCAGGUCUUGAGACGAAUCUCCGCGCCAAGCUGCGGGUAUCGCUGCUCAAAAAAAGUGAGUCGGCGGUGGACCAGCGACACAUGUGGGGGGUGUCUGUCGUGUGACCUGUGUGCGCCGCGCCCUUGAUUGUUCAGAGGAUCUGCCUGUGUGGCUGUCGGGCCUGUCCUACCCGCUGGGAGAGACCUCGAGUGACUACGUGCUGCACGCAUUCACGCGGAAGGACCCCAUGGCAGCCGCUGACAUCAACAAGUGAGAAGUCUACACAAAGGGCAAAAAAGAGCGCCUCCAUUCCAUGUGUGUGGUGGGGAUGAUGUCCGUGCAGGGUGUCCAACUUCGACGACGCCAUGGCCAACAUCGUCAUGACGACGCGAGACUUCCUCAUGGACAGGCAAGCCAGGCAGCACACACAUCACCACACAACCGACGUAUGUGUCCAUCCGUCCGUCCGUCCAUCCAUCCAUCCAUGUGUUUAGGUAUGGGGUGACGGAGCCCGAGGUGCCCGACAUCAUCAGCCUGGCCAUCGGGUUCGGCGUCACCCAGGCCACACACGGCAAUUGGGGCGCAUAUGCCACCGUCCCCAAGGCCAUCUUCCCGCCCUAUGAGGGACUCAUCCCGUACCACAUCAAACACAAGGAGCCAUAUGGUGAGACCACAACACGAACACAGCGACGAUACUUAAAACACACCCGAAGGACCGUUCUUUGCUGUCUUGUUUGGUCAUUCAUUGAGUUCAGCCGGCUCUCGCCCCAUCGCCACGGCAAGUGGGGCGAAGGCCGUCGAGGAGACCGCCUGCCCGAGUGUGAAGAAGGGCUACAAGCAGGCGCCCGUGAGUCUGGCCAACGUGCACUGGGGGUACUGGAGCGACGCCCUCCCGCCCAUCAUGCACAUCAAGAGCGGCGACGUCCUACGAGUCGAGACGGCCGGCGUCCUCAGCGGACUCGAUUGGGACCAUGUAAGCCACGCCUGCAGGGGCCCUCCACACACAGAUGCAGAAGCGUGUGUGUUGUGUUGUGUUGGUGUGUGUGCUGGAUGACAUGGCCACCGCAGUUGUGCAGAGGUGACAGCCCGAUGGAGGCCAUCUUUGGUCGAAAGGGUGACGGCAGCUUCCCUCUGGUGCAUGAGGGCCGGCAGGAUCCGGCGAUCCUGGGCCAUGUCAUGACGGGACCCUUCUACGUGUGCGACGCAGACCCUGGGGACAUCCUGCAGGUAGGUCAAUACAGGGGGGCUGUGUGUUUGCGUGCGUGUGGUGAUUGAUGCACUCAUGUCAUGUCAUGUGUGUCUCACAUACAGGUAGACCUGGUGGACCUGCGGCCGCGGAAGAACCCCCAGGGUGAGAUGUACGGCCGGUCCGACAGUGUGGGUAUGGGCUACCACCGGCGACUCCCCAUGAGGGACGGCACACCUUUCACACAAGACUACGGCAGCCUAUGGUCGGCACGCCAACCACACACACACACACACACACGCACAUUCACACGUAUGGAUGGAUGCAGGCAGAUCCACACCGACGGUAAGGAGGGCUACUGGAGCGAGCCGGUGCAUUUCUACCCCUACCAGCCCAUCACCACCCCAGCAAAUGACACCAUCGCCGGAUUCGACUUCGUCAAUGUCCCCCACACCUAUGAGGGCGAGUCGGGCGACGUCCGCAGCUGGGGAUGGCGCACAGAAAAGCCCUAUGAGUACCGAACACACAGCCAACAGGUGCGUCGGUGCGUGGCGGGGUGGGUGUGAGGAUGGUCUAUGUGUGUCUGCCGUGUGUGGUGUGGUUGUGCAUCUAAUAGAUGCGUGUGCCGCUGUUCCCGCAUUUCGGUUGUCUGGGUGUGGCGUCUUCUGUGUACCCCGAGGGAGACAACCGCAUCAGCACCAUCCCCCCUAUCGGCCAAGUGGGCAGCAACGUCGACGAGCGACUCUUCACACGAGACACCAGCCUGUUCUUCAGGUGGGAACCCAUGGAUCUAUGGACGGAUGGAUGGAUGGAUGUGUGUGUGUGUGCGUAUCCACAGAGUGGAGGUGCCGGGUGCGCUGUUCUCUGUGGGCGAUGGUCACUGUGUGCAAGGCGUGGGCGAGCUGGACGGCACCGGGCUGGAGUGCAGCCUCGACGGCACUCUCCGAUUCAACCUCAUCAAACAAGGUAGGUAGGUACCUACACACAUAAUGCACAACACCAUCCCACCACUGCACACUUGUCUGUCUGUGUGUAUGUGUGCAGGCAGCCGCGGUUACGACGGCGGUUUUGCCACGUUGGAGGCGCCCAUGGCUGAGAGCAAGGAGUACUACCUCAUAACGGGCCUCUCCAUCGACAACUUCCUCACAUACUUUGCCCAACACGGCCAGGGCAAAGACCCCGUCGGAGCCCUCGCAAAGUAGCCACACCCACGAUUCCCCUGUAGCUAUAGCUGCACUGUCUGUGUGUGUGUGUCUGUGUGUUGGUGUGUGUGGUGCAGGCUGACGGACCACCGUGCGGGUGUGUCUGAUGGUGCGCUGGAUGGGGGCAGGGCAGUGAAGGGCAGGAGCGGCGCCAUGAGGAACACUUACAUCAACGCCAAGAAGUUCCUCAUGGUGAGUGGCGGGUGGCGGGGCGACACUCAGCCCACGAAACACACACACAGAGCCACACACACACUCUCUGUCUGUCUCUCUCUCUCUCUCUCUCUCUGUGUGUGUGUGUGUGUGUGUGUUAUAGGGCAAGUAUGGUUUGAGUGAGGUUGAGGCGGUGAUAGCGCUGAGUGUGGGGGCCGACCUCGGCAUCUCACAAGUCGUCGACACUAACCACGGUAUAUAUGCCGGCAGCCUCUCUCCAAAAUGUGUGUGUGUGGGCGGUGUGUGUGUUUGUCUGCUUCCUUAAGGCAUGCACUACAAGAUCUCCAAGUUCAUGCUGAGUGACCUCAAGACCAAGUCGGCCGCAGAGGCAGAGACCAAACUCAAGGAAGAACUUUGAUCGAUCCCUCGUCUGGGCGAGAGUGUCUGUCUCAUUUGAGACGUAUCCAUGCGGUUUGUUUGUGUCCGCGAGGGAGGGAGGACUGGGGGAUGAGUGAGUCAGUGAGCUUGGUGUUCUUUGUGUGAUUGAAAUGUGCCUCCAGGCCAGGGUGUAGCUCUCUCUGUAUAUGAGCACUUAUAAGACACAAAGACAGACAGAGACGUAUUUUUUUCGGGGGGGAUGGGGAUCGUCCUCCGUCCCGUUUUUUCUGUGGGUUUUGUCUCCAUGUGCGUGUGCGUGUGCGUUCCGAAAAGAGAGAGGGUAUUUAUCGGCGAGUGUCCAUGUGUGUGUGGGGGAAGGGUGUGGGUGUUUUCGUGUGUGUGCGAGUUUUGACCCUGCAUGUACAUGUCCGUGUGCAUGAGAGCUCCGAAGAGAGAGGGUAUUGAUCGUAUUGCGAGUGGGUGUGUCCCCGUGUGUGUCCGUGCACUGCUUCAGUGACCAAGGCCCGGGCCGGUUGUUGUACUUUUUUCUGUUCCAUCUAUGUAUGCAUCGCUCAUCGCAACGCAUGAGUGCCCGUGCAUCUACCUGUGUUGUCUACAGACCUUUAUUGCACCUCAAACAGGCUCUGG